CACAGGGCCGGGUGCAGCUGCUCUUUGAACGAGAUCAGCCCGUUGCUCUCACGCCUGGAGGAUGAGUGUCUCCGAAAAAUGCUCAGAUGGUGGAACCGUGGUGCCUCAGCGGCAGGAGCGAGCAGGUAUUGAACAAAAUGGCCUGGAUUUUACUCGGCAGAUCAAAACUGAAGAUCAGAGUGAUUCUCCUGCACAGGUACCAGCAGAGGCAGGCCACCUUCGCUCCUGUGAGGCUCCUUCCAUUGUGUCGGGCAGUCCGAUAUCAACAGACCUGCAGCCACUUCACACCCUGCAGCAACUUGUGGUGGUACCUGGACAUCACAUACAGACAGCAGCAACAUUCCUCCUCCCCCAAACACAACAAAGCCAACAAGGUUCACUGCAAUCUCCAAAUCUGUUGCCGUUGUCCUCACAAUCACAAAGCAGCCUCUUGCCACCCCAGCCUGGCAUGGGGAUCACACCACAGGCAGUCAUUCGGCCAAGUCUAGUGAGCUCAGCCCUGGAGCCACAUUUGGAAACUCUUCCUCCACUUCAGGUUCCAAAACACAUUGCCCCAAAGCAUGUUACAUCUGUCCAGACAGAUGAACCCAGUGACCUGGAGGAGCUCGAACAGUUUGCAAAAACAUUCAAGCAAAGGCGGAUUAAACUGGGAUUCACACAGGGUGAUGUGGGAUUAGCAAUGGGAAAACUCUAUGGAAACGAUUUCAGUCAAACGACCAUUUCUCGUUUCGAGGCUUUGAACCUGAGCUUCAAGAACAUGUGUAAACUCAAGCCGCUGUUGGAGAAAUGGCUGAGUGACGCAGAAAACGUUCCUUCUGAUUCCACACUGAACAGCCUGACUUCUCUCCCCACACAACUGAUUGGGUUGGAGGGUCUUGGCCGCAAAAGGAAGAAACGGACGAGCAUUGAGACCAAUAUUCGGGUAACACUGGAGAAGCGUUUUCGUGAGAACUCGAAGCCCAGCUCUGAGGAAAUUGUGAUGAUUGCAGAGCAGUUAUCAAUGGAGAAGGAAGUUGUUCGCGUCUGGUUCUGUAACCGACGCCAGAAAGAGAAGAGGAUCAACUAUCCAGCUACUCCAGCCAUCAAACCUCCAAUGUAUAGCUCGCGGUUGGUUUCUGCGUCAGGAUCCCUCGACCCUCUGAUUGUGACACAAGUGCACAACAGUCUGAGUGCAACAGCAGUUUCUUCUAGUUUAUCCAGCAGACCACCAUCACCAGUCACCGCAUCCACUGGGAAUGUCCACACCUCACUGAGCAGUCAGACUGGGCUCAGCACCACUCCAAGCUCACGUUUCUGGUGGAAUGGUACCUCAUUCUUGCACUGAGGAUUGAACAUUCUGGCUCCAUCUCAUCAACACCUUUUUAAUUUAUUUUUAGCCUUCGACUUUCUACCAUGUCCAGUGUCUAGUCAUUCAGUGAGGAAUGUUUGGACCAAACCGACACACAACAAACCAUCUUUUGUACCAGAGUUUUAGAAUGAGUUUUAUGAAAAGAAUGCAAAGCAGUUAGUGGUAAUUCUCCAUUGGAUUCAUCAAUGUGCACUCUAUUUAUUUUUAUUUUUUUCUGGUCCAAUCAGCUAUUAAAACUGUUACCAUCUGCUAUUAAUAUCGAAUAACAAUUUUUUUGUAUGGGCCUAAACCUGCAUUUCAUGUAACAUAAGGUGGUGUUUAAGGAACUCCAACUAAUUGAGGUGAACUCCAUUCUACUUAAAUUAGAAUUUGAUAUUGUAUGCAUCACUGCCGUUGCCUUUGUAUUUGUGAUUGGUUUAGCUCCGUCUGUGUUAAUAAAGUACACCAGGGAGGAGUGGUCACAGGAUAAAUCUAUUUUUAAGUUUAAAAAUUGAGUCUAGGGUUCUAAUGUUAAACCUGGAUCUUCGAAAUCUACAUAAAGCUUAAUUAUUAAAUAGUCUUAGCAUAUUCAACCUUCUCACCAUUAUAAACAUGAACAAUUCUGCCAACCUUCCGAGGCUGUAAUCACAGCCGUUAAUGUCCCAUCCAGACUGUAUUCACCUCUGGCCCAGACAGUUGCCCUAGAAUUAUCAUGUGCCACUGUUCCCUAGCCUGUAGAACAUGUAAUAAACUAGUAGCAUCAUGAGGGUGGAUGAAAUUCUUCUAAUCGUUUAUCUUAGCCCUACAAUAUAAAACUACAGCUAUUAUCUUGGCUUUGGUUUGCAAGGUCUGCCUGCUGAAUCUAUUCCACUGCAUGUUGUGUUGUCUACUUUGACUGACUUUUUAACAUUGACAUUGUUGGAAUUAUUCCCCAGUUCUACCUGUUUGUUUGAGAAGUAACUAUUACAUUUACCACUCAUUUAAUUACUCUUUAAUAAAAGACCCUUCUGUUCCUGCUGCAAGCACAUUCAAUGCUCAGUUUUUAAAAACAGUGUCCACCUAGUGAAAGUGAUUGUAUUUAUCAUGACUAGGUCUUUUUGAAGUGUUUCUGCAUCCUUUGAAUCUUGUUCUUUAUGAAAUGUCCUUUUUCAAUAAAUGUGUAUAUCUUUACAUGAAGUUAUUACUUGCUUUCAGAAAGUGAAGCAUUACCAAUGUGUAUGGUACAAUAGCAUGUUCCAUGAAUAAUUGUCUCACUUAUGUCAUUUUUAUGUUCUGUGGUUGAGGAUAGUUGUAAAUAACUGAACUUGAUUGGGGAAACACAUUAUUACUCAGCAGAUCCUGUGCCACAGGGAUGUACCACUCUGAAAUAGAAUGCAAGCAAUACAAAAAUCAGUUCCCAAGCUUGUUGAUUAAAAUGUGAGGCUGGAUGAAUACAGCCGGCCCAGCAGCAUCUCAGGAGCACAAAAGCUGAUGUUUCGGGCCUCGACCCUUCAUCCCAAGCUUGUUGCCUCUGAACCCCAUUGUAACAAUCCUCCUUUCAAUGGUAACAGGGAUGGGGUCAGGAGCAUGGGAGAACUACGGGGUUCUAUUUCCACUCCUCCUUUCAAACUUUAGGAAGCCUCAAUUGUUAGGAGCUGAAUGGAGUAGGCUGUUAGACAGUUCGUCUCCAGCCAUAAAAUGGGAGAAUGUUACUGCUUUAGCCAGUGAUAGAUUUGGUUUCUCCAAAUCCAGCUAUCAUUGCA